AUGUCGGUAGCUGUCGUUCGACCUGUCACCACAUUGCCUUCGAGACCACGCCGAAAACCCCAAGCCAAAUCACCUCGGGAUCUCCAACGGCUUCUGGUCCAACUCUCCGACGCCCAAGCCACAUAUAGCACCUCUGCCUUCGCACACAACAUCGAGAAGCAACUUCUCGGCCUCACAAAGUCCUCCACCAUACCAAUAACCCGCAUCGUCUCCCUCGGUCUCGGCUCCCUCUCCAACACUGAGAAAGGUCAGACGCGGCGAAUAAAGCAACUUGCCAUUCUCCUUACCAUACGCGAAAGCCUGCAAAAGCACAUGAAAGCAGGAGUGGUGGAAGUCUACGCGCAAGACCCGACUUUCACCCGCCAAGACGAAGCACUUCUUUCGAGCUUCGACAUCCGGAUACUGCGGACGGCGUCUGGGGCUAGCUUGGGUGAAGCGGCGGAUGUUAUCGAUGAGUCUACGUUGGUUUACUCGCCGUUCUUGACACUGGAAGCGUACGAGCAACUCCUCGUGGGAUCGAGGCAACUAGUGCAGUAUCUUAUUGGUGACGACUUCAAUGCUUUACUGGAGAAGUGGCCGAAGUAUAGUGCCGAGCGGAUGCAGGUGCAGAAGGUGACAAAGGCGGCACUGGGACGGUAUAGGCGGAAGGCUAUCUCGGGGUCUGGAUUUUGGGAGGAAGCCGAUGGCGCAUAUCCGAUGGCCGUUUAUGCGGCGCAAAAGAAGGUGAAGGAGAAGGCGAGGAUAUAG